CCGGCGGCGCCCCCGGUGCUCCCCGCGCUUGGCCCGCAGCCCCAGGACUCCCCAGGCCCCCCCUGCUGCCCAGCCCGCAGACCCACAGCGCUGCCCGCCACCCCCCUGCAGCCCAGCCCGUGCCGCUGGGGCUCUCGGAGCCCCUGCUGCUCCCCCUCCGCACCCCACUGCUUUUCUGUAGCCCCCACUUGUGCCCGCAGGUUUCUCCUGCGCUCCUCGAGUGCUCCUGACUCCUGCCGUGGUCCCCCGUGGCCCCUGGCCUGCUCCUUCGCAGCCCACCCGGCGCCCUCAGAACUCCUGCAGCCCCCAAGCUGCACUCGUGGAGCUCCGAAGUGUCCCCCUCAGCUUUUUUCCCAGGCCCAGCUCUUCCCUCCUAAUGCUUUCCCCUCUCCAGACUCUGUUGUUUUGGUGACCUAAGCCUCAAACCCAUUACCUUCACCUCCCCCCGGAUCCUGUCCAUCUGGUGCCCUCAUCUUGUGUCCUGGAGGGUUCCUGUGCCUCUCCUUUUUCCCUGCAUCACAAGGACUCUGUGCCCUGGCGCACACUGGGGUUCCUGCUCUGUUGUCUGUCCCCCCCAGCUCCCCCCAUGCUGCAGCUGCCCCUGCCCCACUGGCCCCUGUCACCCAUCUCGGGAUUUCUCUGCUUUGCUCGGGUCUGGCCCCAGCGCAGCCUUGCGCCUCGUCCCUCACUGGGACCUUGCACAGCUCUCUGGAGCUCAGCGUAAGCUUUAAAACCUGUUUGAGAGCUGUUUAUAAACCUCCAGCCGAUUUUCUUUGCUCUGGAUGCUCACCGCUAAGUGGUGCAAACUGGAAAUCGGCAAUCAGAAAAGGAAACUUGAGGCAAUUGAUGUGACUUGAUCUGAGUUGCUUCAGAGCUCAGAUUUCACUUCCAUGUUAAGGACUGAAGACACAACCACGCAGUGAAGAGCAGAGAAGCCCACUGGAAGCAGAGCCCUGCGCACCCUCUGUUGUUAUGGCAGGGGGACGGCGGGGCCCCAACCGCACCUCCUACUGCCGAAAUCCCCUCUGUGAGCCUGGGGCCGCUGGCGGCUCCGGCCAUUCCACGAGUUCCUCGGUCACGGGUGUACGCUCACGCACCAGGAGCGGUUCGGGUACCGGCCUUUCCAGCCCCCCUUUGGCAGCUCAGACAGUCGUCCCCCUCCGGCACUGCAAAAUCCCGGAGCUGCCUGUGGAGAGGAGCGUGCUGUUUGAACUCCAGCUCUUCUUCUGUCACCUUGUUGCACUGUUUGUCCACUAUAUCAACAUCUACAAAACCGUGUGGUGGUACCCGCCCUCCCACCCGCCUUCGCACACGUCACUGAACUUUCAUCUCAUUGACUUAAACGUGCUGACAGUGACCACGAUCGUCCUGGCACGCCGGCUGAUCAGUGCUGUUGUGAAGGAGGCUUCCCAGAGUGGCAAAGUCUCCCUGCCACGCUCUGUUUUCCUGGUGAUCACUCGGUUUGCUGUUCUCACUGGCACAGGCUGGAGUUUGUGUCGAUCGAUAAUUCACCUUUUCAGAACCUACUCCUUCCUUAAUCUCCUGUUCCUGUGUUACCCGUUUGGCAUGUACAUCCCCUUCCUUCAGCUGAACUGUGACCUGCGGAAGACGGGCCUCUUCUCCCAGGUAGCCAGCUUCGGUCUCCGAGAGACCAGCGAAGUGAACACCAGGGGCAGAGACUACCUGACCGUCCUAAAGGAGACCUGGAAGCAGCACACUCGGCAGAUGUACGGCAUGGAGGCCAUGCCCACUCACGCCUGCUGCCUCUCCCCAGAUCUCAUCCGCAACGAGGUGGAGUACCUGAAAAUGGACUUUAACUGGCGGAUGAAGGAGGUGCUGGUGAGCUCCAUGCUCAGUGCCUACUACGUGGCCUUUGUGCCGGUCUGGUUUGUGAAGAACACUCAGUACUACGACAAGCGCUGGUCGUGUGAGCUCUUCCUGCUGGUUUCCAUCAGCACGUCGGUGAUCCUGAUGCAGUACCUGCUGCCUGCGCGCUACUGCGACCUGCUCCACAAAGCCGCCGCGCACCUGGGCUGCUGGCAGAAGGUCGACCCAGCCCUCUGCUCCAAUGUGCUCCAGCACCAGUGGACAGAGGAGUGCAUGUGGCCGCAGGGAGUGUUGGUGAAGCACAGCAAGAAUGUGUACAAAGCCGUGGGUCACUACAACGUGGCGGUGCCCUCGGACGUCUCACACUUCCGCUUUCACUUCUUUUUCAGCAAACCGCUGAGAAUCCUCAACAUCCUGAUCCUGCUGGAGGGAGCCGUCAUCUUCUACCAGCUUUACUCGCUCAUCUCUUCGGAGAAGUGGCACCAGACGAUCUCACUGGCUCUGAUCCUCUUCAGCAAUUACUACGCCUUCUUCAAGCUGCUGCGUGACCGUCUGGUGCUGGGCAAAGCCUACUCGUACUCUGCCAGCAGAGACUCGGAGCAGAAGUUGAAUUAAAACAAUUGCACUGAUGCUCAGCUUAUGACAGAACAAACAAAACCAGAAACCCUCAGAGCUUUGUAUUUUUGUUACCACUGCUUUUUUUUCUUUGAUAACUGAUGUAAUUAAAAGGAAAAACAUAUUUUUUUAC